AUUAACUCGUCUAUUACUGGUCAAUUCAUCUGCGAGUUCAUUCUCUACCAAAACCCUAAUCCUUCAUCGGUAACAACCCCAUUUUUACUCUUGAACAUAAUGGCCGAAUCACCCCCUAGAAGGAUUUCAAAGUCCCCUUCACCGUCGCCCUGGAAGGCCCAAUCAAGAUCACGGUCAAGAUCAAGGUCGAGGUCUGUGCCAAGACAAAGACCAAGAUCUGACUCCAGAGGCCGUGGCAGAUCAAGGUCUCGGAGCCCUGAAAGGGGUGCCAAUCCUACAAAUCCUGGUAAUACACUUUAUGUUACUGGUCUAUCUUCAAGGGUCACCGAGAGAGACCUAGAGGAGCAUUUUUCCAAGGAGGGGAAAGUUGCUUCAUGCUUUCUUGUAGUGGAGCCACGUACCCGAAUUUCUCGUGGUUUUGCCUUUGUUACAAUGGAUUCCCACGAGGAUGCUGAGCGGUGUAUCAAGUAUCUCAAUCAAUCAGUUUUAGAGGGUCGUUACGUUACUGUAGAACGGUCAAGAAGAAAGCGUGCAAGAACUCCAACACCAGGGCACUAUCUUGGGCUGAAAAAUACUAGAGACUAUGGCUCUCGUGGUGACAAUCGUGAUGACUUUCGUGGUGGCAAUCGUGGUGACUUUCGCGGCGACAGUCGUGGUGACUAUCGUGGCGACAGUCGUGGUGACUAUCGCGGCGACAGUCGUGGUGACUUUCGGGGUGGCAGUCGUGGCGACUUUCGCGGCGACGGUCGUGGUGACUUUCGUGGUGACCGGGGAAGGAAUUACGGUGGUUCUGGUCGUGGUGAUUAUUCACAUCGUAGGUCUCCAAGGCGUUCACCAUAUCGCGGAGGUCAAGAUCAUUCACCACAGCGCUCACCCUAUGUUGGGAGGUCUAGGAGGGAGAGAUCCAGGUCUAUUCCCCAUUCUCCUUAUAGCCCAGACAGGAGGUAUGCUGGUGGAUCUAGGUGAGACGGGGUUAGCUUGCGUUGUUUCUAUCUGUGAACAGGGUAAGGAAAUUUGUUUACUGUUUUAAGUUGAUACUACAACUUUAAGUUUGUCCGAACUCUAAAUGUGUAUUGCUAGAAGCUGUUGUUUCGGUAUGACUAUCAGUUUGUGCGUUA